AUGGAUGAAUAUUUAAAUGUUAUCCAGCUUACGGGAAUACAUGAUUCACCGGAUAAGUUAGAAAAUAUAAUUGGUGGAGGAAGAGAAGCAUAUUUGAUAAAUGGUAGUAGUUGGAGAAAUAUUUUAGGGAUUGUUGAUAUACUGGAGAAAAAGAUGAAAUUCCUGAUAAUCGAGAAUGGAUCAACGGGAAUUUGA